GCCGGGCAGCACCUCCCGCGGAGGGAAGGGGCCGCCCCCUGACGGGGUGGGCGCACCGCACCGCGGGGCGGGGUCGCCCGGCCUCUCCCCGCCCGGCUCCGGUCGCACUCCCGCCUCCGGGUGGCCGCGGGCUCGGGCUCGGCGCCCGGACGACGGCGCGGCGACCGCCAUGGGCAACAAGCAGACCAUCUUCACGGAGGAGCAGCUGGACAACUACCAGGACUGCACCUUCUUCAAUAAGAAGGACAUCCUCAAGGCCCCCGCCUCUGGAGAGGCCACACCCCGGCUGCUCGUCCUCCGAGGCCCGUGCCCAUUCCUGCUCUGGCAGCGAAAGCUUGUCUCCGCUGCCCGGCGGCCCCUUCUUCACCUCUGGUUGCACGCACGGUUCUACGAGCUGGCCCCCAACCUCGUCCCCAUGGACUAUAGGAAGAGCCCCAUCGUCCACGUGCCCAUGAGCCUCAUCAUCCAGAUGCCAGAGCUCCGGGAGAACCCCUUCAAGGAAAGGAUCGUAGAGGCUUUUUCAGAGGAUGGUGAGGGCAACCUCACCUUCAACGACUUUGUGGACAUGUUCUCCGUGCUCUGUGAGUCGGCUCCCCGCGAGCUCAAGGCAAACUAUGCCUUCAAGAUCUACGACUUCAACACAGACAACUUCAUCUGCAAGGAGGACCUAACGCGGACGCUGGCCCGGCUCACCAAGUCUGAGCUGGACGAGGAUGAGGUGGUGCUCGUGUGCGACAAGGUCAUCGAGGAGGCCGACCUGGAUGGGGACGGCAAGCUGGGCUUCGCCGACUUUGAGGACAUGAUCGCCAAGGCCCCCGACUUCCUCAGCACCUUCCACAUCCGGAUCUGAGGACACUGCUGAGGGCGCGGGCCCAGAAGCUGACCCUCUGGCUCUGCUGUCUACACGAGUGACCUCCAAGCUGCCCGGAAAAGACGCCGUGGCCUCUGGGGUCAUACCAACAUUUCCUUGGCCCUUUCAGCAAAAAAUCCUUAACCAGGGAAGGGGGGUGUGAGGGCAGGGCCCUUCCCAGACCCCAGACCCCACCACAGGCCCUCCUCCGUUCCCCCCCCCCCGAGCUCCCCAGACCCUCAUCCUCUCCCCACCGGAAAUGGCUGCCCCGAGGGGGGAAGGCACAGGCCUCGCGGGGCAGGGGAUACGGACGCGUCCCGGUGCUGGGCAGGCGUCCUGGUCGCCCAGGGCAAAGUGAAAAAUGAAAGAGACCAAGGUUUUAUGAGCUGCGCGGUCUUUUCUCCAGAACCCAGUGCGAAGCUGUGUGGACGCUGGGCAGAGGGCUCCAUCCCUGUCCCCGGCUCUGGGCGCCGAGACAGAAUUCCCCGAGACAGAACCCUCACUGGUGCGUGCUGUCCACACACUGGUGAACUUCUGGGAGUAAAGCACUUUUGCGUCCCUGU